AUGACGCGCAAACCCACACUAACCGGCAGCGUCUCAUUCAGAGCGGACCCCGAGCCCGACAUGUCCUCCGACAACGAAGACCAAGCCACCGGCGGGCGCAAGCCGCAGCCGAACCAAGAGCUGCAGAAGCAACCGCCGCAGACCCAGCAAGCCAACCGCAACCAAUCCGCCCCCUCGACCCAAGACCAAGGCCUGCAGCAGCAAAACGAAGCCCUGCAGCAGCAACUCAUGGCCCUGCGCCAGCAGCAGUCCCAGCAACCCGAGGUCAAGGGCGGCCGCAUCGCCCCCGUCCGGCAGUCGCGCAUCCUGGACCGGGCGCCGAGCGAGGGGGCGAAGAACUCGAGCCUGAAGAUCCAGAUCGAGUUGGACCUGGAGGUGGAGCCCCUCACAUCAAAUUUUGACACUCUGACAGCAUUGGUGGAGUCAUCGUCUCUGAGAGCCAGCAUCGAUACAUUAAUCGAUCUCUUCCCCAGCUCCAGUCUCCCCCAGCUUUACACCAAGCCUGAACAGUACAUCAGGAUCCGCAGCCCGAAACGAGUAGAUGAAACGCCUUUUGACAAAAGGCGAUCGGGCUCGCUCUGGUCCACACCAGAGAUCAACUGGCUGGGCAUCCUCGUUCAAGACGAUUCUCCUAUCGAUGAGGUCUUCUCUCCAACAACCAAGCUGUCUGGAAAGAUUGUUCAAUACAUGGCGGGAUGA